AACUGGGUAUAUCAAGAUAUCCUGACUUUGUAAGGGGGAGAGGGUAGUGGGAUAGGGAAAAAGAUGGUGGGAGUUGACCUUAAUGGUGAGACUUUGGUUGACUUUGUUGUGACAACACUUUACAUUCCGCCGUUAACCACUGCAACAACUAAGUUUUUGGGGUUGCCAUUGCCGCCGUUUUUGAAAAUUGCGAUUGUUCCGGAGAUCUUUAGAGGGAUCAUUAAUCUAGAAUCUGGCAAGGUGGAUCUUAAAUUCAAGGCGAAAUUCUGGUUUUCAAUGGAGAGUAUCCACAAAGCUACACCAUUGUUGGUGGAAACAUUAUUAACAUUUAACAUCAGAAGAAUCGAAAGGAAGUCUAAGGAGUGGAAGUGGAAGCAGGCUUGAUGAAGAAGGAAGGUGCAAGUUAGUUGGAGUCGCUACCCUCGAGCCUAUUGAUGAUUUUUUUAUGAAUUCUUUUCUUGAUCUUCCAACUGAAUGUCUUGCAAUCUUAAAUAAUGCCACAAUUACUUUCUCUAAAGAUGAAGAAUUUAAAUUAAAUAAAUUUGUGACCUCUUUGUAAUUAUUAUCAUAGAAAAGUAACU